AUGCACAUUCCAGAGCAGAAAGCUUCCAACUUUGGCACCGCCUCUCCGCGGAACAUAUCCCGAAGCUCAACACCGCAACCCAAGGCUGCCGAGUCUGAGAAUGCGAAAUCCGGUUUGCAGAGGUCGCAAGGCCGCGACCAUACCGUAUCCCAUAUCCACCGCAUCAGCGCAGCUCGUUAUCCAAAAGACUGCCCUCCUCUAAAACCUAGGUGGUUCUACGCGGUUGAUAUGCCCAAGUCAAAAGAGUCAUUCUGGGGGAAAGAUUCAAACGCUCCGGCUCCUAAAUUUCAGGCAUCACCCAAGAAAUUUGUUCCCUUUUCGAUUCGAGAUUCUCAGUCUAUAGAGGCUGCUUUCCAAAAUCUUGCAGACCAAGAAGAUGCGGGCAAUUCAUCCAAAUUAAAUGGCGUCUCGACAGGUGACCCUCCCCAAAAUGUCAAGGUCCCUGUCAACGAAGACUUCUUAUUCGAUGUCGACGUUCAGAACAGAGAACUAGGCCCUGCCUACUGGUUGGGACCGAUAUAUGAGGUUAGACGUGGCACCUGGUUCUUUCAGGAAGGCUCAACGCUUCGCCCGUGUGAUGAGAAUCUUGCAACUCAGCUGGAGGAGGGCUAUUUGAAAGUGAAACCUUGGAACAUCCAGCGCGAACGGGGUCCGAGCAAUCCAUUACCAAAUACGUCGCCAAACUCAGAUGACACUAAAGCGGAAUCGAACCCCAGUCCCGACCAAUGCAGCACAGAGAGUAUGGAUGCAGCGAGAAGCGGAGCGGAGUCGACUUCAUCUCUGCCCAAUACUGUAAAUCUAACUUACCGUCUUUUUGGAUCCUAUAUGAACAACACCGUUGCUUACCAGGAUGCGUCUACCGUGUGGCUUAUGUCUGAUGAUUUCAUGUCCCGGAUGAGUAAUACCGUAUACCAGCGACUAGGUGCUCCUGCGGGAACGAAAAUCGUCCGCGGGUAUUCGGAAAGCAAGAAAUCUAAAGAACCAGCAGACGGGAAAAGUGGUGAAAUAACCCAUAAGGACCUUAAUAAAUCGAGCAAGCGACGAUCGGGUCCCGCAGGUUCUUUGACUUCGCUGUCUAUGCUAGAUGACAAAGUUCAGGAGCAGCCGCUUGCCUCCUUGGAGCGUCAGAGAAGCCCACUACAGCGUCAGAUGUCGUCUCUAACUGGGGAACCGCAAGAUGACGAACAACUGGAAGAGGAGGCUCGAAAGCAGGAGGAGAAAGAGAUGGAGGAUUCAGGAGAGGUUGAAGGCGAGGACGGAGAAAGGGAAAUUGACCAUCUUAUUCUUGUUACCCAUGGAAUUGGCCAGAGAUUGGGAUUGCGCUUGGAUAGUAUUAAUUUUGUGCACGACGUUAAUACACUCCGGAAGACCUUGAAGAGUGUCUACGCCGCGUCUCCUGAUUUACAGGCUCUUAACUCCGAAGUUGGAACAGAACUGAAGAACUGUCGUGUCCAGGUCCUUCCUGUGUGUUGGAGGCAUUUGCUUGACUUCCCGAAACAAGGCCUCAAGCAAAAUCGAAAAGAACUCGAUCUUGCCGCCGCUGAUAUGAUGACAGCUGAAGAUGAACAAUAUCCUAGUCUAGCUGAUAUUACGCUGGAAGGGGUUCCUGCAGUCCGAAAUCUUAUCACAGAUUUGGCGAUGGAUGUUCUGCUUUACCAGAGUGCCUACCGAGAACAUAUAGCGGGAAUCGUGCAGAGGGAAUGCAAUCGCAUAUACAAGCUUUUCAAGGCUCGCAAUCCUAAUUUUAAAGGUUCUGUCAGCCUCUGCGGUCAUUCCCUUGGCAGCGCAAUACUUUUCGAUAUCCUCUGCCAUCAGUCAGAGAAUUCCACACAUGUCAAGUCGACGAAUCGCGGCUCCCGUAGCAGAACAUCCGACGAUCAUAAAUCCGAAUCUUUUCCUUUGGACUUUGAGUGCUCUGAUUUUUUUUGCCUUGGUUCUCCAAUUGCCCUUUUCCAGAUGCUCAGGGGCAAGACAAUUGCGGCACGGAAGUUGAGAAGUUCAAGGCUUCCGCACGCACCGCAGAACCCCAUCUCAACAGAAACAUCCCGAAUGGACUCGAGCGGAUGCCCUAAUUUCACGAAUUCAGUGUCGUCGCCAAAAUGUGAUCAGCUUUUCAACAUCUUUCACCCAUCCGAUCCUAUUAGUUAUCGCAUCGAACCAUUAAUAUCCCCGGCCAUGGCUGCACUGAAACCUCAACCACUGCCGUUCAUCAAGCGUACAAUCUGGAGCGCGUCAAGUCAGAGUCUCACCAACAUCAGUACUCGAGUUGGUCAAAGCGUUGGAUCGCUUUGGUCCAACUUUGCCUCAGGGGUUGCGAGCAGUCUGUUAAAUCGUAGCCUAGGCUUGAGUGAAGGUUCUAAACCCCAACAGACCGCUGGAGGACACCAAAAGUCAGAUAGUACAGGAUCCGAGUUGGAUAGCGAACAGCCAGAGACGACAAGCGGCGAUGUGGCCAACACGGCGAACCGAUCUCAAAAAUAUCCGACCCUCAUUGAUGCGAAUAUCGAAACGCUCUAUGAUGGAUUUCAGAAAACCAGAGGCUCGUCGAUCGACAUAUCUGGUGGGUCCUCCUCAUCUUUUGAAGAGAUGGAGGCUGAAAGCCGCGCACGGAAGAUAAGGCUUGAAGAAGCAAAAGUUCGUGCAUUGAAUUCCAAUGGACGCGUUGACUACAGUAUACAAGAAGGGGCAUUUGAUAUAUCCCUUAUUGCCAGCAUUGCCAGUCAUCUCUCAUACUGGGCUGAUGAGGACGUUUGCCAUUUCAUCAUGUCGCAGAUGCUAUUGAGAGCGCGUAGAGGGCGUAGAGAUGAUUUCCCUCCUGUUAAACCCUCCGCCAUCGCCUUGGGCACCGUCUUCAACCAUGUUGCGUCGUUGGGUGUCCUAGCCCCUGUAUUCGGGGACACCUACCACCGUGCGCAGGCCGCAAACUCAAAAGAAGAAUUCUUCAAGUCCAAGGAAACUGCAUCAGCCGCAGCGGCAUGGAGCAGUUCGUUAGUCGGCAGCGCUGUACAGACCUAUGGCGUCGCUGCGCUCAUUAACGCCACGGGAACGUUGACUUACAAGGGUGCUGCGUACUUGGGGAGCUUGAUUUUCUUUGCUAGCUCCGCCCCAUCUUUUAUUUCACAAGUCGUUACGGAGAAACGGCCGUUGGAUACUAUUGCAGUGGGCGCCGUGGCAAGAGUCUUCGAGACUGUUGGAUUGAGCUUGUUCCUCACCUGGUGGGGCACGAGAACCAACCCCUUUGAUUAG